UGUGUGUGUGUGUGUGCGCCCCCUUGGCUCGAGCUGCCUUUUAAAGCAAACGGACACGCGUGUCAUUCUCCCACUCGGCCAGAGGACGGGACACGGUGAGAAGCUGCUGUGUCGCCCAUUCUUCCCUCCCUCUCCACUGUCUUUGUUGCUUCGCUGCCUUCUAUUAGUUGGUUUUCCACGGUUCCGCUCCGCGUCAGUGUCAGCCAUGUAUCGCUACUUCGGGGAGCUCCUGACCCGGUCCGCGGGCAGUGCCCUGGCCUCGGGUUGCGUGGACUCCGCUCUCCCGGCGUCCUCGUCCCUGAUGCGGGUCCGUCGCUAUGCCGACGCGGCCGAUCAGCCCGACGACCCGAACUUCUUCAGGAUGGUCGAGGGCUUCUUCGACCGCGGUGCCACCAUCGUGGAGGACAAGCUGGUGGAGGACCUGAAGACCAGGGAGAGCCCCGAGCAGAAGAGGCACCGAGUGCGCGGCAUCCUGCGCAUCAUCAAGCCGUGCAACCACGUCCUGAGCGUGUCUUUCCCCAUCAAGAGGGAUAACGGGGAGUGGGAGGUGGUGGAGGGAUACCGCGCCCAGCACAGCCAGCACAGGACACCGUGCAAAGGAGGUAUCCGUUACAGUACUGAAGUAUCUGUGGAUGAGGUGAAAGCCCUGGCCUCUCUGAUGACCUACAAGUGCGCUGUUGUUGAUGUGCCAUUUGGGGGAGCCAAAGCUGGAGUCAAGAUCAACCCCAGGAAUUACUCUGAUAAUGAGCUGGAGAAGAUUACCAGGAGGUUCACCAUUGAGCUGGCCAAGAAAGGUUUCAUUGGACCUGGCAUCGACGUUCCUGCCCCAGACAUGAGCACUGGAGAGAGGGAAAUGUCCUGGAUCGCGGACACAUAUGCCAACACCAUUGCACACACUGACAUCAACGCUCAUGCAUGUGUGACUGGCAAGCCCAUCAGCCAGGGAGGCAUCCACGGACGUAUCUCGGCCACUGGUCGUGGAGUUUUCCACGGCAUUGAGAACUUCAUUAACGAGGCUUCUUACAUGAGCAUGUUGGGAUUGACUCCUGGCUUCCAGGACAAAACCUUCAUCAUCCAGGGCUUUGGUAAUGUGGGUCUCCACUCCAUGAGGUACCUGCACAGGUUUGGGGCCAAGUGUGUGGGCAUCGGUGAGAUUGAUGGAGCCAUCUACAAUCCAGAGGGCAUUGACCCCAAACAGCUGGAGGACUACAAACUGCAACACGGCACUAUUGUGGGCUUCCCGGGAGCAAAACCCUACGAUGGGAACAUUUUGGAAGCAGACUGCCACAUCCUGAUCCCUGCGGCCGGAGAGAAGCAGCUCACACGUCACAACGCUCCCAAGAUCAAGGCCAAGAUCAUUGCAGAAGGUGCCAACGGUCCCACCACUCCAGAUGCAGACAAGAUCUUCCUGGAGAACAACGUCAUGGUUAUUCCUGACAUGUACCUGAAUGCUGGUGGUGUGACUGUAUCUUAUUUUGAGUGGCUGAAGAAUCUCAACCAUGUCAGUUAUGGAAGACUGACCUUCAAAUACGAGAGGGACUCAAACUACCACCUGCUCAUGUCUGUACAGGAAAGUUUAGAGAGGAAGUUUGGUAAGCAGGGAGGACCCAUCCCCAUCGUACCUACUGCUGACUUCCAGGCCAGAGUUGCUGGUGCUUCUGAGAAGGACAUUGUUCACUCUGGUUUGGCUUACACCAUGGAGAGAUCUGCCCGGCAAAUCAUGCGCACUGCAAGCAAGUACAACCUGGGCCUGGACCUGCGGACAGCUGCCUACGUCAACGCCAUUGAGAAAGUCUUCAAAGUCUACAAUGAGGCGGGGCUCACCUUCACAUAAACAGCCAAUCAGGGCCGAGCUUCUACCCUUCCCUCCUGCUAUUAAUCCCCCUCUUCUUGCUCCUUCCACCUCCUAGAAAAGCCUUUGGAACAUAUCACUGUUUACCGCCGCUCUUUCACACACACGCAGCGACACUUUGGCUAGCCUGGUAUUUAUCCUGUGAUCUUUGUGCCGCCAUUAUUAUAUCUCUGCGACUCUGUUUAGAUAUCGCCAUGUUCUUGUUUUUUCCCCGAGGUUGCACUCACCAUAAAAACAGAACAUCGCAAGAGAGAGAGAGACAGAGAGAGAGGAAGGCCCCGUCCUACCCUCAGCUGUCAUGUGUAUGUUGUUGUAUGGCAGUCAUGUUCACAGCGCCCUAUUUGUGAUCGCUGAGUGCAUGUGUGACUCUCUAGUUGUGGUUGUUUCAUAUGACAGCACUACAGUUGCCUUAUUUCAGAAAGAGGUCUGCUCUUAAAGGGAGAGGGCCGUUUCAGUUCUAAAUAAAAGGGAUUUAGGUUGAACUUCUUGUGAGUAUUAAUAGUCCUUUUAUUACACACGUUUGUCUUCUCACUCUUAAGGUGUGAAGGUUGGUUAGGAUUCAGUAGAUGUUCUCCUGCUCCUGUCCCCUUCAUUUUUCCUCUAUUACCGCUCGCUUCAUCUUUAACGCAGCUUCUCCCCGACUCCUCCGCUGGCCAAGAAAGAGGAGCAGGGAUGGGGCGAGGUGUCACUGUGAUCGCCCUGUCCCUGGCUGAUUAUCCCUCGGUUUUAACCGUCCAGUUCCUUAGCAUUAAAAUUAUUAAGGAGGACAUUACUUUCUACUUUUAUUUUAUUCAUGUUUUUUUUUUUUUUUUUUUUUUUUUUGGAAACCAAUAAAAUGUU